ACGUCAAAUAUGAAAAUUCUGUUUUUGUUAACAACACGAUUUCAAUCGGUGAAAUACCAUGCAAAAAAAUUUCAGAGUAUGUGCAAUAUUUACCGUGCUUAUGUCGGUUUCGCCAGCACAAUCGGAUUGGGAUGCCCCUCAAAAUUAUCCUUCAUGGUUUCUAAUUCCGCAGCGCUUAGCGGGAUAUCCAUUGUAUUUGCCACAACAACCAAUUUUUGCCGAUUACUCCUCCAGCAGUUUAGUGGACACUUGGAAUCAGUUUCGUAACGAAUUCAGCGAUAUGGUUCCCUAUAAUGACCCCGACAGUGAUCCCUUCUACGACCAUUUCGAAGAAUAUACAGCCGGCAAACGAACCUUUCCGCCUUCUGCAGCACCUGCAGCAGCUCGUCCAGCUCGCGAAUUUGUGGAUGCUCGUGGUGAUAAGCGAAGAAAACCCGCGGCAGCGAAAUCUAUCGAUCGCACUAAACCGCUCAGUGAAGAGUUGGUGGAAGUAUUAAUGAAGAUCGCCACCGCAAACUCCAACCUUAACAGUUCCUGAUCAACAAAGCACCACGCGUGCAGCAGUUCCAAAUGAUAAUAAUUCCUGUUUUGGUAUUGCGAAUUGUUAUUUUUGUGUAAUGUAUUAUAUCUAUAUUAUUGCAUCGCGAUUAUGAAAAUCUGAUCUUGAUCAUGAUGGGCUGGUGAUACUGGUGUGCUGGAUUUACAGUUGUAUGGACCUAGGCUCCUAGCUGCCGUUCGCAAUCCUUAAAAGCAAAACCGGUUCCAGAAGUA